AUGGCCGCUUUAGAACCGCUAGAGGCUGAUUUGCCUGUUCAUCGACCCGCCAAACCCAUUCCUUUUGAGCUAGCUCAACAUGCAGCUAUCUUCUUCGAAGAGAGACUCUAUACACAAGCUAUCAAUUUUCUACUGAAUAUCCUCACAUCCGGUACCGUUGCCUCAGCGCCAGUAUAUACUCCGCCCGUCCAGCAACUCGCCCUAGCCGCAACUCUCCUCAUACACCCCUCCACCACCACGCGCGCAAAAACAACCGAGGAGGAAGAAGCACCCCUGGCCGCAUUACGUCUGCUUCGACUGACCAAUACCCUUGUCGGACCCAUCUCUUCGAAGCUAAACGUCGCAUUCUCUUUCAACCUACCCGAUUUCCCCCGCCAUACAAGACGACGUCCUGUGGCAGAGAAUAUACCCCCAUCCUCGGACCUGUCUUCCGAUGAUACGAAACCCUUGAACUUAGAUCUCAGCCAGUCGUUUUCCCUGUGGUCCAACGCAGAAGACUUCUGGCAUGUCGUUGGCUGGGCGUUCAACUGUUCUGUUCGCCAUCGGCCCCGCUGGACGUGGUGGCAGGUCUGGCUUGAAUACAUGUGUGAUGUUCUAGAGAGUGAUUGGAACGAGCGGUUUCGACAGUACAAGGAGGCUCACACCGGAAACACCAUUAGUGAACAGGGACCACCGCCCUCCCCGAAGAAGUCCCGAAGGAAGAAAACGCAUCAUGACGAUGAUCCAGCCCUCCAAAUUCUCAGAGAAAGCCUCAUAUUCCGUUACAUUCACGGAGCUAGCACCACGUACGGUCCAUACCGGCGCAUCGUCCGCUCCAUCUUUGCAGACGGUGGCUCGACCUCGCGCAAUGAGUUUCGCGAAGUCUUCGACAAUGAACUCAAAUACGCAAAAGCUCACACCCCCACCAGCAGAAAGCGCAGCGCGCAGGUCAACAUCGAUGAGAACGAGUUCGGCGACUACCUCACGGACGAUGAUCCGAUCGAGGAUGGAGAGUAUGACGAUGAAAACAAGAAUAUCAAUGAGACGGACGCCAAUUCCGACGAGGAAGUAUUUUCGUCUGUUUCAACCACCAGCAGCACUGGCGCUCGUGUGCCCAUCGAAGAGCUCCCCACAAGACACAUCCCCUACAUGCACGGCGACGUCGGCUUCUACGGAGGCAUGCGCUCGCUCGGUCUCCGACAACGACUCCUACAAUUCCUAUCCACAGUCUCCCAGUACCUUCCCGACGACUUCAUCCCUCUCGAAGACCUCUACCACCUCUACGCCGAAAACAUCCGUCACCUGCCCCUUCCUGUCUUCCAAGCCUUCAUCAGCCCCUCCACCCUCCCCUACCUCUCCGGCCCUGCCAAAACCACCCUCUGCGAGUUCCUUCUCUUUCGCAUGCGCGAGACCGCCGCCCCCGACACCGACGAGGAAUAUCUCAACCAAGCGAAGCUAGAACAAUGUUUCCUGCCUUACGCGGCCAGCACAAAAUUCAUAGCCGAUAACACCAAAAUCUCCAUCAUCCUAGAGUCACUGAUCAUCCUUCUCGCCGAUAACGGCAUGCUAAGCGUCACAAAAAGUCUGCGAGAAGCUGUUCAUAAGGGCGUUAAUCGUCGAUUCGACCGGUCCGAAUACCAAUCGCGGAAACAUGCCCAGGAAGCUUACAGGUGGGCGGAUGAUAUUGAGCGUGCGUGGUUGGAGGAGAGUGCGGAGCGGUUGCAAUUUCUCGUGCUUUGUAUUCUGCCGUUCGAGGGUGAUGCCACU